UAUUACGCUGUUUUUUUUCUGCUUCGAAUAGUUCUCUCUUUUUUCACCAUACGUGUGUUUGCAUCACUGCACAUUGAACUCAUGCAGCCCUGGGGGGCCCCAUAUUGAACUCUUGCAGCGCUGGGGGCCCUACAUUGGUUUUGAUGGCAGAUUACAUGGUUUGUUCACCUUUACAAGUUUGACGACAUCAUGUCGUAAUUAAAGGAUUGUAUAAAGUGAAGUUUCUCUUUCUACAUAGACGAUGUUAGCCUAGCCACCUUAGCCAGUCAAUCAAUAAUAAACAUUAAAUAAUAAUUGUAUUCAUUCACGGAUGAUAUAAAACUCCACGCUGUAGAACAUACAUGGUGUACACGCAAAUGUAUUAUUUAUCAUAAAUACUUUGAAUGAGUAUGUACUUGUUGCUAUCAUUGUGGCAUUAGCUGUCUCUGCUGGUUUAUCAGGAGUAUUUUCCCUAUAAUAUGUUUUCUGAAAGUCUGAUAUGACAACUUGUAAAUGUAUUAAUUACACCUUAAACCUGUUGAUUUUUGUUCUCCUAUCAAUACAUAUGAAAAGAAGAAAGAAAGGUUUGUGAUAUGCUGCUGUUCAAAACAACCUCUCCGCCCCCUACGUGUGUAAGCUGAAGGCUUAUGUUGCUCUCAGCUCUUGGUGCCUGCCUUUCAAUAGAGGGUGCCUCACUGAAAGCAAUUUUCGGGGUGGAGAGUAGGGCUCCGGUGCAGUGGAAGCACCAGCACUGGCCCUGGAACCACCGCAGUGUAAAAGGGGAACAUGUGUGGAAGAAAAUAAGACCAGAAGGUGAUUGAAGUAUCGUGUGUUGUGUUUGUGUAGUCAUCCUCCAAGGUCCUGUAUGAGGGAAGUGCUGGAACAGACCAACAGAAUCUCUUACUACAGCUUCCUAAUGAGCCUGGCUAAACAUGAAGCCAUCAACCAAGCUAUUGGAGCACUACCCAACAAGGCAGAGUUCCUGAUUGACCCAGAGAUGGACCAGGAACUGGACAAACUAAUCGCCCAGAUCUCUGUGAGUCCUGGUAGCAACAGCAGCGGCAGUGCGGUGGGGGGGCUGAAGGAGAUGCUGCAGAGGAAGGCUUCCCCCAGAAGGAACAUCCACCACAGAAGGAGGAUAGAGGUGGAAAGUGAUGGCUCCACAGAGGAGACGGACUCCUCUGAAAACUGACCUCUCACCUUUCAGCUUCAUUCCCAAAUACACAGCGGCUGAAUGGAACAUUCAAAACUGUCUUGCCCAUUAUUUGCUAUAUAGACCCAUAUACUGACAGUGGAUAAGAGGACAGCUGUGCAAGAGAACACUCAACCUUGUGACAGAUCACUCCAGUCUUCUAUUUGUCCAGCAUUGCUGUCAAGAAGAGAGUUAUCCAGAGGAAGAACGGUCUACAUCAGAUCCACUGUUGAUGCUUCUCAUUGUUCUCUAUUGCCCCUUUCACACCAAGGCUUUUCCCGUUCUAGCUCCGUGCUAGAGCUUUUCUGGUUCGGAACCGGUUCUU